UCAUAUGAAGUCUAAAUUCUGCAUUGUGAAGACUAAGAUUCCCUAUCUAAAAAUACAUUCAACAUCCUCUACCAUGCCUGCACCUGACAUGGUGGAUGGCAAACUCUCUGGUUCCCGCUGUGCCAUAGAAGGAGUGUCUAUUAAGGGGCUCUUUGCCCUUCUGGUCCUGAGUCUCCUACUGCCUUCAGGAGCAACAACCAGCUCAAAAUCUGUCACCUGCCACAAAACCUGUUUGUGCGCCAGCAACAUCGUUAGCUGCUCCAAGAUGAACCUGACCAGCAUCCCCAUGGCUUUUCCUCGCUACACUGCUGUGCUGGACCUUAGCUUCAACCAAAUCAGUAAACUGAAAGCUGAAUGGACCCCUGUCAAGCUCAGCAUGCUGCACAGCCUCCUGCUCAGCCACAACGGCCUCACCUUCCUCUCUUCCGAGGCCUUCCUAUAUGUCACACGGUUGCGCUACCUGGACCUUUCCUCAAAUGGCCUGAAAAUUCUGGAGGAGUUCAUCUUCGAGCCCCUGGAGCACCUGGAAGUGCUUCUGCUUUACAACAACUACAUCUCCCAGAUUGACCGCACUGCCUUCUCCAGCCUCAACAGCCUGCAGAAGCUCUACCUCAGUCAGAACCAGAUCCAACGCUUCCCCCUGGAGCUGGUCAAAGAGAGGAAUCGGCUGGAGAAGCUCACUCUGUUGGACGUGUCCACCAAUCGGCUCAAACUGCUGCCCAUACAGGAGCUCCAGGUCCUGCCUGCCUGGAUCAAGAAUGGCCUCUACUUCCACAACAACCCGCUGCCCUGCAGCUGUGAGCUGUACAGCAUGCUGGCCCGCUGGCACCGCCAGGAGCUCAGCUCUGCCACUGAUUUCAGAGACGACCACACCUGCCUCCUCCCAGGCACACAGAAGGAGAAGGCACUCACCCUGGAGCUGAACAAGGUCCAUCUGAAUUGCAGCGCAGUGACCAUUUUAGACGAGGAGGCCUACCUUGAGCAGUUCAUUAGACUGGGCUGUGACACUAGGCAGAGGUACAUGCUGAAGAGCUGGGUCCUUCCCGGCAAUGUGCAGUUGUCUUCUGGUAACCAGAGUUCCAGGGUCCUCAGCGACGGCAGCCUGCAGGUCGGCCCCAUCACGCUAGAGGACUCUGGGAUCUACACCUGUUACGCAGUGGGGGAAUCCUUCAAUGAGACCCUGUAUGUGACUGUGUUAGUGCACAACGCCACUCAGGCUGGAGGGCAGGAGGGCAUGAAGACGGCCUACACCACAUUGGUGGGCUGUUUGGCCAGUGCGAUGAUGGUGCUCAUCUACCUCUACCUCACACCCUGCAGCUGCAUCUGCUGCCCGGGCCAGGGCCUGGACAAAAGAGCCCCGGGGGACAGCCUUCACUCCUCCAUCCUUAGCGUCUCUCCCACCCAUGAGGACACAGGCCCGGAGGGGGGCGGAGGUGGAGGGGGUGCCUUUGACAAGCCUCCCUUUAACAGGCAUGUCACCUACCUGGACCCAAAGGGCCUGCUGGAGCAGAAUGGGCGACUGAGCCCAUGUGGGGAGGAGGAUGAGGAGUGGCAGGAGGAGGACAGAGGGAGGCAGGAACAGAGAAGGAAGUCAGACGCAGAGUCUCUGAGCUCUGUGUACUCGGACACCCCUAUUGUUGUGUGAGAUGGUGUUUCGCUUCACCUGGAGGAUCUUCCACAUAAAAACACUGGGGGGAGGGUGGAGGAUGGGUGACUCAGCUGCCUCAGUAGGACUGUAACUUGCUCAUGAAGCAGGAGGAGGCUAUCCAUUUUCCACAUGUAGAAAUUCAAUAGGGUAAGUAGCUUUACAUAGUGGGAUUACACUAUCUUGUCUUUUUAUAAAACAAGAACUUUCAACCAAAUGAGGAUUCAUUCUCACUAAUUUAUUCUGUAGCAAUCUAUGUGUUCCUCAAAUGCUUCAUCCCUUUGUGUUAGAAUACCAAUAUUGUUGAUUCUUUCCAGUGACAAGGGGCACACAUACGUUAUGAGUUGUAGCUGAAUUUAUGCAACCAACAGAAGCAGCAUUGAAGUGUAUUCACUUGAAUAGACUCAACAUUGCUCCAAUACAUCUGUGCUGCUGUGACGCCUGGAUCACCAGGCUAAUAAUAG